UGUUCGCUGAUAAUCUUGAUUACUUAACUAGAACACUGAGGUUUUAAAAACACGACAGAUUAAGCAUAAUCGUCAACGCCGUGUUUCUGGUAGGACGCGCAAGAGCACACCAUGCCUCAACUGUUCCUGGGAAUCCUGCUGCUGGUCAGCCCUAUCUUCGCUCAGAACUACGACCAAAUAUGGCUAGACAUGAACCCAAAUGGCGGGGAUCUCACUCCGGACGAGAUCGGGCUGUUCUUCCGGUCGAUGAUGAGACCACCACCUGGCGUCAACGACGUGACGGCUCUGACACGGUCAGACUUCAAGUACGUCUGGAUGCCAGCCUACCAGGACACGGAGAAGAUUGCUGACGGGCUGUUCUCCUACUUUGACGGUCACAAGGAUGAAAUCAUCGAUGGACAAGACCUGCUCCCUAUGAUGAACAUUGGUGACACUAACGCUGACGGCGUUCUCAGCAGAGCAGAGUUUAAUGGAUAUAUGGAUCUUGCUUACGCUUAUGCUGAGAAUCAACGUUUGUUGCCUGGCAACAAUGCCAAUGGUCAAGCCCACCAGCAGCAGCACCAGAAUCACCACCACAACAACCACCACCUUCACCAAGGGAAGCCAUUCUUUGGAUAAGACGUGUAUUUAUUAAAUAAAGGUUUAAUCGGCUUCAAAA